AGGCCCUUAGUGUUACAUCACGAUCACCUGAUCAGUUAACGCGCACCGUUCCGACACAGCGACAGCGGGGCUUCGAUUCCGCGGCGCAUCCACGCCGACGGCCCAGGUUCCGUUAUAACUUAUUGUGUUUCCUAAUAAGAUGAUGUGGCCCCACUGCGACCGACAGCGUUAAAGUUAAAGGGGCGCCGCUUUCGACCUCGGACCCGUGCUCUUGCACGAUGCCGCGGGGGUCCCGGGCACGGGUGACGCCGUCGUCGGUCUCGCGCAUCGGCAGCCGCGAUCUGCUCGAGCCCGUUGCCCGGAAGGGGCUGGCGCUCCUGCCUUCUGCUCGCUGCUGAUCGGCGGGGCUGCGAGUCCCGAGGCGCUCUCGGCUCUUUAGCCCGCUCCAUCGCGUCGCCCGCCGUCUCGCGAAAAGGAGGUGUUCCAAGAACUGAGGGAGGCCCAGCAGUGGAUCCCAAGUGUUCAGGGAAAGGGAAGGCAGCUGGGUCUCGUAAUGACCAGCCACAGCUUCCCCACAGCCCGGGGGCACUGGGACAAGGGGAGAAGUGUGGACCAAGGGAACAGGGCCUGGUUCUUGGGGAGGCUGACCCACCUGCCAUAUCCGCCCCUAUCCAGUGCUCAGUUGAAGCGAUUGGAUGAGCACCGUUACAGUAGUGCUGGAUGUUCCCUGCUGGAGCCAGUCAUGCAGUGCUACUGGGAAUGGCUGGUGGGCCACGUGCCCACCUGGAUUGCUCCCAACCUCAUCACCAUCGUGGGCCUGCUCACAAACAUCGCUACAACACUGGUGCUCGUCUGCUAUUGUCCCACAGCCACUGAGGAGGCACCACAGUGGACAUACUUAUUGUGUGCAGGAGGCCUCUUCAUCUACCAGUCAUUGGAUGCUAUCGAUGGGAAGCAAGCGAGACGCACUGGGAGUAGCUCACCGUUGGGUGAACUCUUCGACCAUGGCUGCGACUCUCUUUCUACAGUGUUUGUGGUGCUGGGCACCUGCAUCGCUCUACAGUUAGGCACCCAUCCAGACUGGAUGUUCUUCUGCUGCUUUGCUGGAAUAUUCCUCUUCUACUGUGCCCAUUGGCAGACCUAUGUGUCUGGUGUCCUGCGCUUUGGCCUCAUUGACGUGACCGAAGUGCAGGUGCUCAUUAUCGUCAUGCAUCUGCUGGCCGCCAUAGGAGGACAAGCUUUCUGGCAGGCUCCUAUCCCCAUUGUAAACAUCCAAAUGAAAAUAGUGCCUGCUCUCUGCACUCUGGUUGGCGCUGUUCUGACCUGUGCCAGCUAUUUUCGGGUUAUAUUCACAGGGGGUGUUGGAAAAAACGGAUCUACAAUUGCAGGAACAAGUGUCCUAUCUCCAAUUUUGCACAUCGGUUCUGUCAUCGUGCUGGCUGUGAUGAUCCAUAAGAAGUCAGCCGUGCAGCUGUUUGAGAGGCACCCAUGUGUCUAUAUCCUGGCCUUUGGCUUUGUCUCUGCCAAGAUCACCAACAAGCUAGUGGUUGCCCACAUGACUAAGAGCGAGAUGCACCUGCAUGACAUGGCCCUGUUGGGCCCGGGCCUUCUCUUCCUGGACCAGUACUUCAACAGCUUCAUCGAUGAACACCUGGUGCUCUGGGUGGCAUUGGUCUUCUCGGGAUUUGAAAUGGCGCGCUACUGUAUCAGCGUCUGUGAUCAAAUCGCCUCCCACCUGAACAUUUCUGUAUUCAGGAUCCAGCCUCGAACCCAGCUGCUCCAGCAGCACGCCACCGGUGCUCAGUCGUGACAGCACUGCGUGACCCAUGUGGGUGUGCCCGCGCGGUUUUCUGCCGAAUGGUAACGUGUUGUUAUUUGGGAACUGAAGGCUAUUCAUAGAUUACAUCUGAAGAAUUUGGAGACAUGGGGUCUAAAUGAGCACAGGUUAUUUCAAGCAGUGCUGUGUGGGCUUGGUCAGUUACUAUUAUCUUUCCUGUUAUCAUAGAGAGAAGCUCCUGUAAAAAAAAAAACUGCAAUUUCACUGAAUAUUUUGUUUUAUACUUUUUUAAAUUUAAUCAUUCAAGAAUUAUUGUAUCCUGCCUGUAGGGACUCUAGUUCUAUUAACUGCAGAUGUAAUAAACCUGUCUACCUAGAUGCAUUGUUUAGGGAUGAACUGGGUUAUUUCUUUUGGAAAUUCAGGGGAUUAUGAAUCCACUUUUUCAUGAGGAGUAAUUUUGCCUGUUUUUUUUUUUAAAUUUAAAUCACACUAUAAAAUAUCACUUACUUCCAUUCUAACUGUCUACACUAAAUAUAAUUUCUAGCUGUAAUGUACUGUUCGGUGCAGACACAUCUGGUUUCUUCCAGCUCCUGACAAGUGCCACUGAAGAGGUUAUUACUCUCGGAAGUUCAGAUAUAUAUAUCUUGAUCACAAAACUGGAAAACUGCAACCUUGCAUUGUUUUCAUGCCUCCCAUAUAGAAUGUCUAAAGUAAAACAUCAAAAGACACAUGAUAGAAUAACUGUGUAUUAAUGAAGACGGCUUAAUAAAGUGUUUUGAUAUUUUUUUUUUUGUUUACAUGAAUACAAAAC